AAGGUGGCUAUGACUGGGUAAAUGAUUAAAAAAAAUCGAAACCCAAAAAAAAAGGAAGAGGAACUGUAAUUGUGACGUCACUUUCACGUACUUCCUGAGUAUGCUCAAACUUGGCAUAAUACACGUGUAAAUGAAAUGAUUUAUUCAACGUUUUACGAAUGGUUUUACGGCUUCGAAAUCAAAAUGAUAAAUUAAUUGUUUUCCUUUAGUUAUCGUCCAUCUUUUAGAUUUCGAGCGCUCUCUGUCGGAAUUGGAUUUUGGGAAUAAGCUGUCCCACAAAGGUCCCACAUCACUAACCUACAAAAAGAAGAAGUAAAUAAAUAAUGAAUAAUAAUGAGGUUAAUUUUUGGUGGGAAAAUCAUCACACACAUUGACACACAUGAGAUCAUGAGAUGAAACGUCUAACAAACAAACUGUUUUACUGUUUUGUUAUUUGUUGACUUGUUUAUAAUCUGAAACUCGUUAAAUUAGCACAAAAUACUUCUUCGGAAAAGUCUUAAUUAUGGCAGAGAGACUGGAAGAUUUAAAUUUACCUAAUAAUACAGUACAGAAAAUUAUUAAGGAGGCACUUCCUGAUUCUGUGAAUAUAGGAAAAGAUGCAAGAUCUGCUUUGUCCAGAGCUGCAUCAGUGUUUGUUUUAUAUGUUACUUCUCAAGCAUCUAAUGAAGCCCAAAAAAAUAGCAGAAAGACGUUAAUGGCCGGCGACGUUUUAAAGGCAUUACAAGAUUUGGAGUUUGAAAAUUUUAUAGAACCUUUAGAAGACAUUUUAAAAGAUUAUAAAAAUUCCAAAUCUAAAAAACAAGUUAAAACUAAAAAACCUAGUGGUGAAGAACAGACUGAGAUGGAAGAGGGUGAUGAAAUUCAAGAGGUUGCAGAUGAUGAAUAAAUUUUAUGUUUAGUAGAAAUGAUUUUUAUUUAUUUAUGUUAAGUUUACCUAAUGGUAGCAAUGAGUUCAAGAACUUUUCUAAAAAUUGCAGGACAAUAUUUCUGGUCUCAAGUUUUUUCAUAUUAAUCAUCUUCCUAAUCAAUACAACAUAAAAGUUUUUCAAAUAUAUUUUUAAUUAAAAUAUUUGAUUAUAAUAAUUAUGUUUUGUGAAACGUUUUUAUGUGAAUUAUUUGAUAUUUAACCUGUAAUUAUUUAAAUAAUUUAAUAAAGGGACCUAUAGCAAUGAAAACUCUAUGUAAACGUACCUAUUAUCGGCACCUUUAGCACGUUAAGCACAAUGGAGCUUCAUUUUAAUUAGGUUAGUAACCGAAUUAGCUGAAUAAAGUGUAUUCAGAUUAUUGUUUUGGCUAAUAAAAUCUAUCACAAUUA